AUGAAACUCUUUCUUUUCCUUUCUUUCAGUGCUCUCAUAUUACUUGAAACAUUCGGAAAUACCCAUGAAACUGAUAAACAAGCAUUACUCAAGUUCAAGUCUCAAGUUUCUGAGGACAAAACAGUUUUGUUGUCUUCAUGGAACAACUCGUCCCCUCUCUGCAGAUGGACGGGGGUUACAUGUGGCCGAAAACACAAGAGAGUUACUGGUUUGGACCUCCGAGGAUUCCAAUUGGGUGGAGUGAUAUCGCCAUUUAUUGGUAAUCUUUCAUUUCUCAUAUCACUUAAUUUAACUGAUAACUCUUUCGGUGGAACCAUUCCUCAAGAGCUGGGAAACUUGUUUAGACUUCAGCACUUGGAUAUGUCAUAUAAUUUCCUCAACGGAGGGAUUCCAGCCAGAAUGUUCAACUGCUCUAGAUUGUUGGACCUUGUUUUAUAUUCAAAUCAUCUUGGACAAGGUUUUCCUUCAGAACUAGGAUCCUUGAUUAAGCUUGUUUAUUUAGACCUUGGUAAAAACAACCUGAGAGGAAAAAUCCCUGUAUCUUUAGGAAACUUGACAUCCCUCCGAGAAAUUUCCUUUGGCCAAAACAAUCUGGAAGGAGAAAUUCCUGAUUGUAUAGCUAGAUUGACUCAACUGGUGUUUUUAUCGUUACCAAUAAACCAUUUUUCUGGUGUUUUUCCUCCUGCAAUUUACAAUUUGUCCUCACUUCAGUAUUUGACCAUGUUUGGUAAUGAUUUCUCGGGGAACAUUAGGCCUGAUUUUGGUAAUUUGCUACCAAACCUUCGAUAUUUUACUAUUGGAGAUAAUUUUCUCACAGGAGCCAUUCCUUCAACACUUGCAAAUAUUUCAACUCUUCAACGUUUGGGCAUGGAGUUUAACAGUCUGACAGGAAGUAUUCCUCCGAGCUUUUCAAAACUACGAUAUUUGUAUAUGCUAUCCCUUAGUGAUAAUUCUUUGGGAAGUUUUUCAGCUGGAGAUCUUGAAUUUCUUAGUUCUUUGACCAACUGUACCCUACUGCAAGACUUAGAUGUGUCAUUCAAUAGGCUUGGGGGUGACUUGCCUGCCUCCAUAGCCAAUUUUUCAAUGAACCUCAACAAGUUAGACAUUGAAAAUAAUUUCAUUUCUGGAAGCAUUCCUCAUGACAUUGGGAAUCUCAUAGGCCUACAAACAUUUUGGUUGUCAAAAAAUCUAUUGAAAGGACCAAUGCCAGCCUCUUUUGGGGAACUUCUAGGAUUGGUGGAAUUACUUGUCAAUGCAAAUAGGAUGUCAGGAGAGAUACCAUAUUCUUUAGGCAACAUCACUCGGUUAGAAACACUCUAUUUAUACAACAAUAGUUUUGAAGGAAUCAUUCCUCCAAGUCUUGGUAAAUGUAGAUAUUUGCUAUAUUUAGACGUUGAUAAUAAUAAGUUGAAUGGUAUUAUACCUCAGGAGAUUAUGCAAAUUCCGUCCCUUGUUUCCCUACGCAUGUCAAAUAAUUCAUUGACUGGUUCUCUACCAGAAGAUGUUGGACGACUUGGAAAUCUUGGUAGGUUAUAUGUUGCGCAUAAUAAGCUAUCAGGGAAACUCCCAGCGACUUUGGGAAAAUGUCUUUCACUGGAAAAACUUUGUCUGCAAGGAAAUUCUUUUGAUGGAAUCAUUCCAGAUAUAAGUGGGUUGGUGGGUAUUAAGGAGGCUGAUUUCUCAAGAAACAAUCUCUCUGGAAGAAUCCCUGAAUAUUUCGCAAACUUUAGCUCGUUGGAGUAUCUCAAUCUAUCUUUCAACAACUUCGAGGGUAAUCUGCCAACAGAAGGAAAAUUCCAAAAUGCCAAUAUUGUCUCUGUAUCUGGAAACAUAAAUCUUUGUGGAGGCGUCUUGGAACUGCGACUAAAGCCAUGUUUUACGAAACCACCAAGAAAUUCAAGAAAGAAACUUGUUAUUAGGGUAAGCAUAGGCAUAUCUUUGCUUUUGCUUUUGUUCAUUUCUUCAGUUUCUAUUUGUUGCCUAAAAAUCAGAAAGAAGAAAAUUAUCAAUGAAGCAACUCCUUCCACCUUGGGGUUUUUUCAUGAAAUGAUAAGUUAUGGAGAUCUUCGAAAUGCGACAGAUGGCUUCUCUUCAAGUAACUUGAUCGGGUCAGGCAACUUUGGUAGUGUGUUUAAAGCUUUUCUGCCUUCUGAGAACAGGGUUGUUGCAGUGAAAGUUCUAGAUAUGCAGAGACGUGGAGCAAUGAGGAGCUUCAUGGCAGAAUGUGAAUCCCUGAAAGACAUUAGACAUCGUAAACUUGUGAAAUUGUUGACAGCCUGUUCGAGUAUCGAUUUCCAAGGAAAUGAAUUCAGAGCACUAAUGUAUGAGUAUAUGCCAAAUGGAAGUUUGGAUAUGUGGCUGCAUCCAAAGGAAUUUGAAGAGAUUUCUAGGCCUUCAAAAACAUUGACACUUUUAGAAAGGCUUAACAUAGCGAUAGACGUGGCUUCUGUUUUGGAAUAUCUUCAUCUUAGUUGCCAUGAAGCUAUUGCUCAUUGCGAUCUUAAACCAAGCAACGUUCUUCUAGACAAUGAUCUAACAGCCCAUGUUAGUGACUUUGGUCUUGCUAGGAUCCUUCUCAAAUUCGACCAGGAAACCUUCAUUAACCAACUUAGCUCGGCUGGAGUCAGAGGAAGCAUCGGCUAUGCGGCACCAGAAUAUGCAAUGGGAGGAGAAAUAUCAAUACAUGGUGAUGCAUAUAGUUUUGGGAUUCUCAUGCUUGAAAUGUUCAGUGGAAAACGACCAACUGAUGAGAUGUUCGGAGGAGACGUAACCCUCCGUAGCUGUAUAAGGUCUGCAUUGCCAGAGCAAGUUUUGGAUGUGGCAGACGAAUUGGUUCUUCAUAACGGCCUUAGAAUUGGCUUCCCCCUUGCUGAGUGCUUGACACAGGUUUUAGAAGUGGGACUUGGGUGUUCUGAAGAGUCUCCAGCAAACCGCUUGGGAAUGAGUGAGGUUGUAAGAAAAUUAAUCUCAAUCAAGGAGAGGUUCUUCAAAACAAGAAGAGGAGCUAGACGUUGAAGUGUCGUCUUGUAUGCUUGCUCCUCUACAAACUUGAAGGCUUGUUGAUGUAUAAUAUUUCUUCAUAAUAUGCUUUGAAUGUUGUGAACAUAAUGCUACGUUAUUAGCAGACAAAAGAUGAAUGUUGUGUUA